AUGCCACACUCCGAAGCCGAUAUCGAUGGAGCCUAUUCCACUACCGGCUUCACCUGUACAUCCUGUGAUGUGACAUUUGGUGAUCCUGAUGACCUCAAAUCUCAUUACACUAAGCAUCCCAAGCACCACUACUGUGACCGAUGCCAAAUGCACUUCUCCACGUACGAGCACUUGCUCCAACAUCUCCUCGACUCACCCAAUCACAACAUUUGCAUCACCUGCCGCCUCGACUUCCGCACGCCCACCUCCCGCAACCAGCACUUCCGCACAUCCCCUAAACACAUCUUCUGCGGUCGUUGCAACGAACACUAUAGUACCGCCGCCGCCCUUUCCUCCCACCAGGAGCGGUCCCCGCACCACCACCACUGCCGCGCCUGUGCCCUCGACCUCCCAUCCCACAAGGAGCUCCUCCGCCACUAUAAAGCUGACCCUACAAAACACCUCUACUGUAUCCCCUGCAAUGAACUCUUUCCCACAGUAAAGCACCUUCGUGCUCACAUCAAGGGCAAAAAAUGUAACCAUUUCUGUGACCGCUGCAACACCCACCAUCACACAACCACCUCCUAUAAAUCUCACAUUGCCACUUCGCCCCACCACCAUCCGUGCGACCGCUGCAGCGCCGACCUCCUCUCCGCUGAUGACCUCGCCGCACAUCAACGCCACGCCCACCCGUUUAAAAAGGUCUCCUGCAAAUCACCGGCGUGCAUGCGCUCUUUCGAGACAAGAGAGCAGAUGCUAGCCCACCAUGCUAAGAUGCACAAGCAGUUCCAUACCUGCCCUGUUGCGAGCUGUCGUGAGAAUUUCAUGAGUGAGGGCACGAUGCUGUCACAUUUUCAGCGAGCACACAAGAACCAGGUGCGCUGCAAGGCGGCAGCCUGCGUGGACUCGUUCGAAUCGAUCGAGGACAUGCUUUCUCACUACAGCAAGUGUCACCGACUGCUGAAAGGGUUCCCAUGCUUUAAUUCACGGUGUACGAAGAUCUUUAAGACACUACCAGAGGCAACGAGACACUCGAAGGAGCCACAUUUGGCGUGCGCGGUGAGGGAGUGUAGGGAGGUGUUUCCGAAUAGGCAGGGGAUGGUUACACAUAUGUUUGGGAAGCACUCGGCGUGUGGUGUGUGUAAGGAGAAGGGCGGAGAGAGGUGGGUGUUUGGGGACCGCUGGGAGUGUGAGGAGCAUUUUAGGGAGAGCGCGCAUUUGUAUUGUUGGCUGUGCGCGGAAAUGUUUUUAGAGAGGGGGAUGUUUGAGAGGCAUCAUGAGGAGAAACAUAGGGAUGGGAGGAAAGAGACCGUGGAGGAGGUUGAGUAG